AGAGAGGAAGUGCGCGCGCUCUGUCAGACAGCCAUGUCGGCCGCCGCUGCCGCUCGUGCUGCUGGAGCUGUGAAAGUCGUUAAACCGAUUUUCAGUCGCGAUCUCGCGGAAGCCAAGCGCAGAGUUCGUGAGCUGUACCGGGCGUGGUACCGAGAGGUGCCGAACACAGUGGCAAUGUAUCAGCUGGAUAUCUCUGCGCGCCAGGGCAGAGAGAAGGUGAGGGAGGUGUUUAAUCAAAAGAAACACGUCACCGACCCCCGCGUCAUCGACAUGCUUGUCAUCAAGGGGAAGAUGGAGCUUCAGGAGACGAUCCACGUCUGGAAGCAGAAGACGCACAUCAUGCGUUACUUCCAUGAGUCUGAAGCACCAUGCCCUACUGACUUCCUGUCCAAGUUUUACCGUGGACAUGGACCCUGAUGUCUGUGACUCUUGACUCUUUCUGUUGUUGGAACAGUGUGCUCUUGAACUGUAAAUAUACUCACUACCCAAAA